GGCCCCAAUGCAAGCUUUCUUGCAUGGAAAGUAAUCUGCUUCUUUUGUUGUUGAUAACACGCAAAUGGCCAAUGGUGUUGCGGUUAGGGUCUCCGCCCAGAGCUGCGGUAUCGUUCUCAAGCCUUCUCCCGUCCUCCCUCCUGUGACACUUGCCGCAAACAGCUCUUCUAUGUAUAAAAAUGUGAUUGGAGAAAGAGUUUCCCAGACCUUGAGGUCUUAUAAACGCUCACUUGUAGCACACAAUUCAAUUGUGUCGGAUUACCCCAUUCUGUUAAAUAGCAGAAGUUCACAGGGAUCCCCAAAAGAUCACUUGUUGUCUACAGGAAAUCCAGUCUCUCAAAUUUCUUCAACAUCUAGCCCCUUUUUAGGCAGGGACCAAGGCGUGGUGUCACACACAAACUUUAUUUUACCAAGGCGUAGCAUGUCUCCGAGACCCCAUAAAGUAGCAGCAAGGGAUGUGUUUGGUUUUCACCUACCAGUUAUAACUGAGAAACGAGAAUGCUGGUGGAGGACUUUAGCAUUUAUACCCUACUUAGUAGCUUUGCAGAUAUCUGAUGUUGGAUUUUAUCUCCAACCCUUUACAGAAACACUAUGAGCUUUUGGAAAAUUUGAUUUAUUUUGUUCCAGGAGCCAUUACAAGGUUUCCAAGCCGGUUCACAUUGGUAUGCUGCUAUUUUGCAUAUGUUGGCGUAGUGAAGAAUAAGGAAUGGCCUUACUUCCUUCCGAUUUCACUUGAUGAUGGGCAUGUUUUUGGAAGAAGAUUAUGGUUGAGUCUAUGAAUGAAGGAUGUAGUAGUAUAAUCUGAGAAACUAUUUUAAAAUCAACAGCCUAUUCUCUGUAAUUUAUUUUAAGAAUUUAAAUAUGUUGCAUAAUAUUUUCUAAAGUAAUCCUUUUUGUUGUGGAUUAAAGUCUGUUCUUGGUUUUUUAA